GGUCACGGGUCGGUCGCGACCGGCGCUGCGCCGUUUUUCUGGCCCCGACCGGCCGGCCGGACGCCGACCGUCCGGUGCUCUAUCGGGCCUCGUGCCAGCCAAUCCUGCCGGUCUGCGGGCGGCGCCGCGCUGUGGCGCAGUCAGCCGCCGGCCGCGGCUCGGUGUCGGUAGUCGGGCUGUGUAAGUGCGGUCGUGCUCGGCGCCCACUGGGAGUGAGAGAUCCGCCCGCCGCCGGUAUGGCGCUGUUCUGGCCUCGCUGGCUGACGGCGCUUCUGGUCGGGAUAGCGGCGGCAGCGGCCGGCCCGACACCGCUCGAGUGUCCGCUGCCGGACGGCCCCGGCUCGGCGUCCCCGGCCGUGUGCGCCCGGUACACCGCCUGCGUGUGGACCGGGACCAGCUGCCGACUGACGGACCGGGUCGGCUACCGCGUCCAGAAGACGGCGGGCAACAGAGGGCCCACCCGCCACCUGCGGCUCACCAAACUCACCGAUGCUACACUGUUCGGUGGUGAUGUUCAGGAGCUCGCACUGACCGUCACGAGACACGAUCGACAGAGGAUGAGACUCACGUUCCGCGACUCGGCGCGGCCGCGGUACGAGGUACCGCUGGCUCUGGACCUGCCCUCACCUGGCGUGCGGGCUCCACGACGAACGGAGUACGGCAUCCAUCUACCCGGCCAGCGCUCCCAGGAGCCGUUCUCAGUGGGCGUCUCUCACGCCGGUCGGCACGCGCUGCGAGUGCUACCCCAGCUGACGUACAGCGAUCAGUUUGUCGAGGUGACUCUGCAGCUCGCCGCCCAGGAUGUAUACGGCAUGGGAGAGAACAACCACGACAGUUUCCGGCACGAUCUAGAUGCCGCGAUCACGUGGCCCAUCUUCGCUCGAGACCACCCGCCAGAGAGUGCCCGCGAAAACCUGUACGGUGCACAUCCGUUCUUCGCUGCCAUCGAGGACGACUCGGGGCGCAGUUUUGGGGUGUUGUUCCUCAGCAGUAACGCCAUGGAGUACAAGGUGUUCCGUCUGAACGGCACGGCUGCGGUGACGUUCCGAACCGUCGGCGGCAUUCUCGACAUGUGCCUGUUCUUCGGCCGCUCGCCGCUGGAGGUGCUGCGUCAGUACCACCUGACCAUCGGCCGGCCGGCGCUGCCCUCGUACUGGGCGCUCGGCUUCCAGCUGUCUCGGUUCGGAUACCGCGGGACCGACGACAUCCGGCGGAUCCACGCGCGGAACCGCGCCGCUGGUAUACCCCAGGACGUCCAGUACUCGGACAUCGACUAUAUGGACACCCGGCGCGACUUCACCGUGCAGCCAAAGCAGUUCGGGGACCUGGCGAAGCUGGUCGGGGAGCUGCGGGGUGAGGGUGUCCACCUGGCGCUGAUCUACGACCCCGCGCUGGCCAUUGACUUUGGCAGCUACCCGCCCGUGGACCGCGGCGUGGCGGCAGACGUGUUCGUGCGGUGGUGCAACAGUAGUCUGGUGCCACCAGACCAGUGUGUCGGCUGCCGCGACUAUGUGGUCGGCUACGUGUGGCCGCAGAACAAGACCCUGUUCCCGGACUUUUUCCAGAGCGCGACGGUCAGCUGGUGGACGGAUGAGAUGCGGCGGUUUUCAGAGAUGGCCGGUGGACCCGACGGCUUCUGGAUCGACAUGAAUGAACCGUCGAACUUUGGCACGAAUAUGGAUAAACCCUUCAACUGGCCUAACAACCUUCCACCGUGGAGUCUAAAAUGUCCGCAGAAUAAUAUCGAUAGCCCGCCUUAUCCCACUAUGUAUGUGAGAGAUCCUGACAACGAAAGCAAGCGCCUGUCGGAUAAAACUAUCUGCAUGUCAACUAAGCACAUCAACGAUGUCUUUCCUGCUCCGUUUACUAGACCUGCAUACCGUCACCCAGGAUCUAGUGAACGAAGGCACCGAGGACACCGCGCCUGGAGGAAGCAUUCCCUUGCCAACCAGCCACCGCAGGAUCGUCAGGAGCUCCUCCACUACGACACGCACAACCUGUACGGCUGGUCGGAGACGCACGCCACGCGCCGGGCGAUGGACGUCGUGCUGGGCGGCCGCCGCGGUCUGCUCGUCGGCCGGUCCACCUUCCCGGGCGCCGGACGGUGGGCGUCGCACUGGUUCGGCGACAACACGGCGCGCUGGAACGACAUGCACCGCUCCGUGGUGCGCAUGUUCGAGUUCGGCAUGUUCGGCAUCCCACACGUCGGUGCGGAUAUCUGCGGCUUCAACGGCAACACCACCGAGAACCUCUGCCUCCGCUGGAUGCAGCUGGGAGCGUUCUACCCGUUCUGUCGCAACCAUAACACUGACGACGGGAUCGAACAGGACCCGGCCGCCUGGCCGUCGGUAGCAGCUGCCUCUCGUGACGCCCUCGGUCUGCGGUACCGCCUACUGCCGUACCUGUACACCCUGAUGUACCGCGCUGCUGCGUUCGGCGCCACAGUGGUUCGGCCUCUGGCCUUCGAGUUCCCAACUCAUCCGGAGCUGCGCGGAGUCGACACUCAGUUCCUCUGGGGCAGUGGUGUGAUGGUGGCUCCGAUUCUCUCGGAGCAGAGCCAGACGCGAGUCCAGGUCACCUUCCCUCCCGGAGACUGGUUUGACCUGCGGAACGGCUCCUUGGCACACUCGUCUAACGUCACGACUGCAGUGACCUACUAUGUGCCGCUCUCGCAGAUGAUCCCGGUGUUCGCUCGAGGCGGCGCCGCGCUGCCGAUGCAGCCAAACGCCUCCACCACUGCGGAGAGUCGCCGCGGCGCCUUCUGGCUGGGCGUGUUCGGCCGGCGCGCGCGCGGAGAGCUCUACUGGGACGAUGGCGAGUCGAGCGACUCCCUGGACAGCGGCCACUUCUACCACUGCUUCUUCCACUUCUCCGGCGGCGUGCUGAAGACGCUGGUGGACAGCGCGCAGACGCAGUGGAUGGAGACGCCGCUGCUGCAGCGGAUCAUGUUCCAUGGCGUGCCGAAGCCGGCCUCGGUGACUGCCGACGGUACGACCGUGCCCGCGGCACAGAUUCGCUAUGAGAGCGGGGUGCUCACUGUCACUGUGCAACUGCACAUGGGCAAAGACCAUGUGGUACAGCUGUAUCCGGGCAAGGAGUCCGUGCCGUAAUCCAAUUGGGCUGAUUGAAGCUGUGAAACUUAAAUGUUAAUUUUGUGGGUCUGGCAUCAGUAACAAUUGACUAACCGGUGACCGAACAUAAUUACAUGCAUCAGCUCGUCAUGCGGAAUGCGAGCGAAAAUGUAUUGUAUCACUACUCGCCGCAAGAGAUAAGACGUUGUUCUGUCCGUUUACGCACAGGUAUGGAACGUUGCUAUGCUUUUUCCCUGGUGUUUUACGAGAAACGUUAUCCAUGCUGAUUGCUCUGCCUCUGUCAUAUAACUGUCCCGUAUAGCGAGAUUGCUACUGGCGAAACUAGAACAAGGGUUUCUCAAUAAACGUAUUGCAAACG